AUGGGUCUCUUAGUUUCAAAACAGAUAUGUUCUAGAUCCACAUACUGGAAUGUAGUUACAAAGGCCUCUCAUUCAAAUAUUUGGAAAAAUCUGAUUGGUGUUAGAGAAAUAAUGUUGAAUAAUGUUCAAUUUUCUAUUGGCACUGGGCAAAAAUUCAAGGUUUUGACAGAUCCAUGGUGUGAAGGAGAAACACUGCUACAGAAGUUUAGGCAUGGAUUGGUUAGAAGAUUGGGUUUUACUUGGUCUUCCCCAUUAUCUAGUCUAAUUAUUGAAGGAGGUUGGAAUUUUGGUCUACUUCAAGCUGACAUUUUCACGCCAAUUAAAGAAUAUUUGCAAACUUUGUCUAUACAUCUCAGACCAGAUAAGUUGUUGUGGGAUGGAGGUGAUUUUACUUUCAAAAGAGCUUGGAAGGGAUGUAGAACACAUUAUCCAGAGGUUAUGUGGUCCACUAUCUGUUGGGGAAAAACCAGGCCUAGAUGGUCAAUUCAUGGAGUGUUUUUAUUCCAUGAAAGAUUGCCCACAAUGUUCAAUCUGCAGAAAAGGAAGGUGCAGCUGGCGCCUAGAUGUUCUACUUGUUUACAGCAAAUUGAUCCUAGAGAUCAUAUUUUUGUUCAAUGCCCAUUUGCUAUGAAAUUCUGGGGCUGGUUGAAAGAUGCACUUGGUUGGAAUGUGGAUUUCAAUUCCAUUUUGUCAGUUGAAGAAUUGCUGACAUGGUUCUUAUUACAGACCAGUAAAUUGAUUAAAACUUUGCUUGUUGCUGGCUUUUGGAGCAUUUGGCAAGAGAGAAACCGAAGGCUACAUGGUCACAGCUCUAGCUCAACUACAGAUGUAGCUAGGAAAACUUUGUUUGAGCUAGGUUCUUGA